AUGGCCCUUUCCGGAUACGGUGCCUCUCCAUCUGUGAGCAAGCCCUACGAGGCGUCCAGCACUCCUUGCGAGGAAGAGAGCAGCAGCAUGCCUCCGGUUGUGACCUCUUCGACUUACGUCCCGCCUGUCGUCACCUCCAGCUACCCGGUCCAUGAGUCUUCAAGCGUCCCCCAUGUCUCCUCCAGCACACCUUGCCCGGAGUCGAGCACCCCUGUUGUGCCGUCCUCCACCUACACUCCUCCGGUGAAGACGUCGACCUACACUCCUCCUGUUGUGACAUCGACCUACACUCCUCCGGUCGUUACGUCGACUUCGAUCUACACCCCGCGCGCGAGUUCCAGCACCCCGUGCCCGGAGUCAAGCACACCUGUUGUGCCAUCCUCCACUUACACUCCCCCCGUUAAGACGUCAAUCUACACUCCUCCUGUCGUUACGUCGACCUACACUCCUCCGGUUGUGACUUCUACCUACACUCCCCCGGUCGUUACGUCCACCUACGUACCACCCGUGAGCUCCAGCUCUCCCUGCCCGGAGACUGAGACCAUCACCGUGCCGUACUCGAGCUCUAAGCCCUACGUGCCAUACUCGAGCUCCAAGCCUUACGUGCCAGAGGUCUCCAGCACCACUGAGGUUACCAUCACCUCGACUGUUGUCAUUCCUCCCAGCUCCACUCCUUACGUACCCGAGGCUUCCACUUACCCUGUGGUCCCUCCCGUCGUCACCUCGUCUGUACCCGUCCCGGAGGUUUCAACCUACCCAGUCGUCCCUCCCGUCGUCACCUCGUCUGUACCUGUCCCGGAGGUGUCCACCUACCCAGUCGUUCCUCCCGUCAUCACUGAGUCUGUGCCCAUCCCAGCGGUUUCCACCUACCCUGUGGUCCCUCCUGUCGUCACCUCGUCCGUACCCAUCCCCCCUGUUAUCACUGAGUCUUUCCCCAUCCCUGAGACUUCCACUCCCGUCGUCCCCGAGGCGUCUUCCUCCGGAUACGCUGUUCCCCCUCCUGUUAUCACUGAGUCUGUCCCCAUCCCGGAGACUUCCACUCCCGUCGUCCCCGAGGCGUCUUCCUCCGGAUACGCCCCUCCUCCUCCUGCUGAGGAGACCACCACUGUCGUUGUUCCCCCUGCCUCCUCCCACGCCUCCACACCCAUCGGUACCGCCUCAUCAUCCAUGGGACACGCCUCAUCCGCUACCUCCCCCGGCUACCCUGAGUACACUGGCGCUGCUAGCUCCACCAAGCCCCUCGCUGCCUUCAUGGCCGGUGCUGCCGCUCUCGCUUACUUCGUCUAA